CCGCUAGUGCUCAGUAGCGCAAGAUUGAAAGAACCAAGUGAAGGCAAGAUCUACGCGGAUCGCCAGCUUCUUGCCGUGUCUUCGUUCAUGAUGGCCCUGUGGUUUAUAUACACUCUGAGCCCGGUCUUGCUAGUAUUUUUCAAUUGCCUUUCUUGCUCUUUUCAGGCCUGUAGCUGCAGGAGUCACUUGGUCCUGUUAGGCUGGGAUGUUGCCUCCACGAUGAUCCAAGGGGGCUGUAUCGCCCGGGAUUGCCUUGUCCGUGAGAGUUCACCAGAUGUCGGAUCUACUGCAUAGCCUAAUGCAGAUAAUCCUCCAGCUGUACGAGCCCCCACCCAGAUGAACCGAACGGGACAUCCGAUGGACGGAGCAAUUAUUAUCAGUCAUCGCUCGGAUCCCGGACAGCUCAUCCCAGCAGAAGGGGCGCACAUGGCGCACUCCAGAGCCAACCGAUCUAGCUUACAAUUCGUAAAGCCUGUCCAAUCCCAACUCGAAUCCCCCCAACACAUGGAUUGCCUGAGUCUAGUACCGAUCGUGUUAGCUUGGGGCUGGCUGACCGCUAGUCGCCAAAUUAGAUCGUAUAGCCUCCGCUCAGGCACACCCACAGGCAGCUCGACGUAUCAGAUCAUUUCCGUCAAGCUGUCGGAUCGUCCCCCAGAUGCGCACUAGACGAUGUCAGGCGAUACACUGUUCGAAUCUGCGACAAUAGCUCUGACUGUUCUCUUGUUAUUCAACUUAGGCCACCCGCCUCAGGCAAGGCUUUGCAAGUUCAUUGCCUCGAAUGCCUGUGUGAGUCUUCAUUCCAGAAGAGGUCAGAGGGUACUCUGCAGCUCGGCUAUUUUUCGCAUCAUCCGAGCCAAACAGCGGUGGCAGUCCAACCGCAAGCGGUAAAUAUUCUCCCAACUCUGUGAUGCUGCAGC